AUGAAGUUAUCUUCAUCUCAUAUGGAUAACAUCCCAUCGACACCUGGGAAAUUCAAGAUGGAUAAAUCCCCAUACAUUCAUAGAUUCAGACACUAUUCAUCUCUAGCAAAACUCACAUUUUGGAGCUUUGUUUUCCUCGGAUUAAUCGUCGUCUUCUUCUUCAAAUCACCAUCCACAUCACCACCAAACUCAAUGCCAUCAGAUCUCUCUCGCAGAUCUUUAAAAACCAGUUCGUGGGGUGGACCCGCGUGGGAAAAACGGGUCAGAUCAUCUGCCCGGAUCCGAUCCCAAAAUGGGUUAUCGGUAUUGGUAACUGGAGCUGCCGGAUUCGUCGGUACCCACGUCAGCGCCGCCUUGAAACGCCGUGGAGACGGCGUUUUAGGUCUUGAUAAUUUCAACAACUACUACGACCCAACACUCAAGAGGGCUCGCCAAGCCUUACUCGAAAGAAGUGGGAUUUACAUCGUCGAAGGUGACAUUAACGACAUCGCAUUGCUCCAAAAACUCUUCGAGGUAAACCCUUUCACUCACGUAAUGCAUUUAGCAGCUCAAGCUGGUGUUCGAUACGCCAUGGAAAACCCAAAUUCUUAUGUUCAUAGUAACAUCGCUGGCCUUGUUAAUCUUCUCGAAGUCUGUAAAAACGCUAAUCCACAACCUGCUAUAGUUUGGGCAUCAUCUAGUUCUGUUUACGGAUUAAACAGCAAAGUACCCUUUUCGGAAAAAGAUCGAACCGAUCAACCAGCAAGCUUAUACGCCGCUACAAAAAAAGCAGGCGAAGAAAUCGCACACACUUACAAUCACAUAUAUGGUUUAUCGUUAACUGGUUUAAGAUUCUUCACUGUUUACGGACCUUGGGGAAGACCAGACAUGGCGUAUUUCUUUUUCACUCGAGAUAUCUUAAAAGGGAAAUCGAUUCCAAUCUUUGAAGCUUCAAAUCAUGGAACUGUGGCGCGUGAUUUUACUUACAUCGACGAUAUUGUAAAGGGUUGUUUGGGUGCGUUAGAUACUGCGGAAAAAAGUACAGGAAGUGGAGGGAAGAAGAAAGGACCUGCGCAAUUGAGGGUUUUCAACUUGGGGAAUACGUCACCUGUUCCUGUAUCGGAUCUUGUGAGCAUUUUGGAGAAAUUAUUGAAAGUGAAAGCGAAGAGAAUGGUGAUGAAGUUGCCUAGAAAUGGUGAUGUUCAGUUUACACAUGCGAAUAUUAGUUUUGCUGAAAGGGAAUUUGGUUAUAAACCAACGACUGAUCUUCAAACGGGUUUGAAGAAAUUUGUGAGAUGGUAUGUUAGUUACUAUGGUUCUGGGAAGAAGAACAGUCAUUGA